UGUGACUUCACCGAGCACUGCCUCGCUCAGCACCAAGCUUGCUGCUUUCUGGAGAUUUCAUGUGAGAAAAGGACGAACCCCGAACCCCUUUCCCUCUCAUCUUGCGUUGUUUAGACUGUUUUUUUCGCCCCCCUCCUUUUCGUCUUUUUCUAUCGGAUAAUGUGGACCUUCAAAGCCCUCGGAGUAUGACAAAAGAUUUUAGGAUGCUGGACUUGUGCUGCUCGUUUCGUUCCUCUCUUUUUACUCAAAUGCCAACACGGUGAAUGCGUCGGACAGAGUGGACAAGCCUGCUACUGGUCCGCAUUCAGAAAGUCAACAUCUUGUCUUUCUUGAUAUUAUUUUCCCCCUGCAGCGACUUCAGAAGGAUGUAACGAGCGAUCCACCUUGCGCAGCUGAAGUCGUCUCGUCAAAAUGCAGAAGGGAAUACGACUUAAUGAUGGUCAUGUCACCUACCUGGGGCUUUUGGCGAAAAAGGAUGGUACAAGACGAGGGUGCUUGAGCAAAAAGAGCUCAGACAACACGAAAUGGCACGCGAAGUGGUUUGCUUUGUUACAGAAUAUGCUCUUUUAUUUUGAGAACGAGUCCAGCUCGAGACCCUCGGGAUUAUACCUGUUGGAGGGAUGCAUAUGCGACAGGGCGCCUUCACCGAAACCUUCACAGUCAGCUAAGGAGAGUUUGGAAAAGCAGUACUAUUUCACUGUCAGCUUCACCCAUGAAAACCAAAAGGCGCUCGAGUUACGCACAGAAGACGUAAAGGACUGUGAUGAAUGGGUGGCUGCGAUAUCACACGCCAGUUACAGAAACUUGGCCAACGAGCAUGAGACCCUCAUGCAGAAGUAUCUUCAUCUGCUUCAGAUUGUGGAGACGGAGAAAACAGUUGCUAAGCAACUUCGACAACAGAUAGAAGAUGGGGAAAUAGAGAUUGAAAGGCUUAAGUCAGAGAUCUCUGGACAUCUCAAGGACAACGAGAAGAUCAACACCAGCCCUGCAACAACCCCCACCGAUGACGACUCAGAAAUCAAGAAAAUCAAAAAGGUCCAGAGCUUCCUGCGAGGCUGGAUCUGCAGGAGGAAGUGGAAGACAAUCAUCCAAGAUUACAUCCGCUCACCACACGCAGAGAGCAUGAGGAAGAGGAACCAGGUGGUGUUCAGCAUGUUGGACUCAGAGGCCGAGUACGUCCAGCAGCUUCACAUCCUGGUGAACAACUUCCUGAGGCCGCUCCGCAUGGCCGCCAGCUCCAAGAAACCGCCCAUCACCCAUGAUGAUGUCAGCAGCAUUUUCCUAAACAGUGAAACUAUCAUGUUUCUACAUCAGAUAUUCUACCAGGGGCUGAAAGCCAGAAUAGCGAGUUGGCCAACAUUAGUGCUGGCCGACCUGUUUGACAUCCUGCUGCCCAUGCUGAACAUCUACCAGGAGUUUGUGAGGAACCACCAGUACAGCCUGCAGAUCCUCGCUCACUGCAAGCAGAACAGAGACUUUGACAAGCUGCUGAAGCAGUACGAGGCCAAACCCGACUGUGAGGAGAGGACUCUGGAGACCUUCCUCACCUACCCCAUGUUCCAGAUUCCUCGCUACAUUCUUACACUCCACGAACUCCUGGCCCACACACCCCAUGAACAUGUAGAAAGAACCAGUCUGGACUACGCCAAAUCCAAGCUGGAGGAGCUUUCCAGAAUCAUGCACGAUGAAGUGAGCGAGACCGAGAACAUCAGGAAGAACCUGGCAAUAGAGCGCAUGAUCGUAGAGGGCUGUGAGAUUCUUCUUGACACCAGCCAGACGUUUGUAAGACAAGGGUCUCUCAUCCAGGUGCCGAUGAGCGAGAAGGUCAAGAUCACCCGUGGGCGACUGGGCUCUCUGUCUCUGAAGAAGGAGGGGGAGAGGCAGUGCUUUCUCUUCUCCAAGCAUGUAAUCAUCUGCACCAGAGGAUCUGGGGGAAAGCUUCAUCUCACCAAGAAUGGAGUAGUCUCGCUUAUAGACUGCACUCUUUUGGAGGACCCUGAGGGGACAGAUGAUGAGGCCAAAUCAGACAAGAGCGGCCAGGACAUGGAGCACCUGGACUUCAAGAUUGUGGUGGAGCCAAAGGACAGCCAGUCAUUCACAGUCAUCCUGGUGGCCUCCUCCAGGCAGGAGAAGUCUGCAUGGACCAGUGACAUCAGCCAGUGCAUAGACAACAUCCGCUGCAAUGGGCUGAUGAUGAACGCCUUUGAAGACAACUCCAAAGUCACAGUGCCACAGAUGAUCAAGUCAGAUUCAAGUCUGUACUGCGAUGAUGUAGACAUUCGCUUCAGCAAGAUGAUGAACUCCUGCAAGGUGCUACAGAUCCGCUACGCCAGCGUCGAGCGCCUGCUGGAGAGACUGACUGACCUCCGUUUCCUCUCCAUCGACUUCCUGAACACCUUCCUGCACUCCUAUCGCGUGUUUACCACCGCUGAUGUGGUGCUAGACAAGCUUAUUACCAUCUACAAGAAGCCCAUCAGUGCCAUCCCUGCGAGGUCCCUGGAGUUAUUCUUUGCCAGCAGUCAGAACAGUAAACUCCUGUAUGGAGAGCCUCCCAGCUCCCCCAGGGCAAGCAGGAAGUUCUCCUCCCCUCCUCCUCUCGCUAUGACCAAGAAUUCAUCACCAAAUCGCCGGCGCAAGCUGUCCCUCAACAUCCCCAUCAUUACUGGGGGCAAAGCUCUUGACCUGGCUGCCCUCAGCUGCUCCUCAAAUGGCUAUGCAAGCAUGUACUCAACCAUGUCACCAUUCAGCAAGACCACCUUAGACAUCAACAAACUGUACGUGUCCAGCCCUGUCUCGAGCAAAAUCCCUGAUGAGGGGGAGGACAAGAAGGACAAGGUGGAGGACACCACAGUGAGCAAACAAGAUCUCUCUGUUCGAGAAGAAGGUGACAACGAUCCGAACCAGAGUGAUGACGGGGACGCAGAAGCCUCUCCCACCAAGUCACCUACCACCCCGAAAAACAUCAAAGGCAAAAACUCAGAGUUCUCUCUGUUUUCCUACAACAAUGGCAUGGUGAUGUCCUCAUGUCGAGAGAUGGAUAACAACCGCAGUGCCCUGUCUGCCGCCUCCGCCUUCGCUAUUGCUACAGCUGGAGCCAAUGAGGGCACACCUACCAAGGAAAAAUAUCGACGGAUGUCCCUCGCCAGUACUGGUUUCCCAACAGACCAGAGAAAUGGAGACAAAGAGUUUGUGAUCAGACGAGCAGCGACCAACAGAGUCCUGAAUGUCCUGAGGCACUGGGUGUCCAAACACUCUCCGGAUUUUGAUAAUAACAAUGAGCUGAAGACUAAAGCUAUUGUGUUCCUGGAGGAAGUGAUGCAUGACCCUGAGCUGUUGACCCAGGAGAGGAAAGCAGCAGCCAACAUCAUCAGGACUCUAACUCAGGAAGAUCACGGUGACAAUCAGAUCACCCUUAAAGACGUAACACAACUGAUUGGAGAAGGGAAGGUGGAGGCCAUUGAGAGUCACUCUGCGUUGGAGAUUGCAGAACAGCUCACUCUGCUGGACCACCUGGUGUUUAAGGUCAUCCCAUAUGAAGAGUUCUUUGGACAAGGCUGGAUGAAGAAUGACAAAAAUGAGAAGACGCCGUACAUCAUGAGAACAACAAAGCACUUCAAUGAUAUAAGCAACCUAAUUGCCACAGAGAUCCUGCGCUGUGACGACGUGGUCACUCGGGUGGUGGUCUUAGAGAAAUGGGUGGCUGUGGCGGACAUCUGUCGCUGCCUCCACAACUACAACGCCGUGCUGGAGAUCACCUCGUCCCUCAACCGCAGCUCUGUCUUCCGCCUCAAGAAGACCUGGCUCAAGGUUUCCAAGCAGACAAAAGCAUUGAUUGACAAGCUGCAGAAGCUGGUCUCAUCAGAGGGGAGGUUCAAAAACCUGAGAGAGGCUUUAAAGAAUUGUGAUCCUCCCUGUGUGCCAUAUCUGGGGAUGUACCUCACCGACCUGGCUUUCAUUGAGGAGGGAACGCCGAACUACACCGAAGACAGCUUGGUCAACUUCUCAAAGAUGAGAAUGAUUUCUCACAUCAUCAGAGAAAUCAGGCAGUUUCAGCAAACAGCAUACAAGAUUGACCUGCAACCAAAGGUAGCCCAGUAUCUACUGGAUAAUAGUUUUGUUCUGGAUGAAGAGAGCAUGUACGAAGCCUCACUCAGAAUUGAGCCCAAAGUGCCGAACUGAAGGGGAAGUUGGUCGUCCACAUUAUUUUCUCUGUUAAUAUUACACAUCAGUAAACAUACACAUUACCUUUUGUAUAGUUGUACAUGUUUAAGAUAUUUGCUCUUCUGUACAGUAGAUGUUUAAGGUUGUUUGACAACACAAAACCUUUCAGUCUAUAUUUUUUGUUUGUUACAGUUGCCACCUGGUUUUCAUUUUAUUUUAGGGUAUUUUAAGCAUAAUAACAGAGGUCCCCUUUGGUUGCGCACAACUGUGUCUUCUUAGUGACCAAUGACAUUAUUUUGCAUCAUCUCGUAAUGUGUUGACUUUGCACUUUCUGAGCACUCCUGCUGCCAGCUGUUGUUCUCUUUGCUUGAGUUGUAUCUAUGACUGAGUUUCUCUGCAACCAAUGUAGCAUUGUAAAAAUGUAAGUGUAUCAAAUCAGGUAAAAGAGCACAGAGAAUACAACUGUAUUUAAAGAUAAGGCACAAUGAUCAGUGGAGAUGACAGCAAGGUACCUGAAGCAUUAAUGUCUCUGUGCUUCCCAAACCGAAAUAACAGGGAUUUGUUUUCUUCAUUUCUGCUCAGUACUCUAGAGUCAGAGGUUCCCAACCAAUCUGUGGCACUGCGGACUGUUUUCAUACUGACAGUGUCGUUGUAGACCAGUGGUUAAACCUAGAUACUUAUAAAAGUGAGGCUGGUAGGGAUGUUUUUUUGUUUUUCAUCAUAACAUAAUGGACCAACUUAUUGUUUAACUUGAGGAUAGCGCUAGAUGAAAAGUCAGUGGACCACCAAAGUUAUUUUUAAUUCAUCCUAAGUAGUACAUAAAUACAAUGUUUCCUGGCAAUCCAACCAACAGUAAUUGAGACUUUUCACUAGAAAACAAAAAUAUGUGCAUUUUCUGGUGGCACCAGAAAAAAAGUCUAGUGAUCACAAAAGACAGGAGCUAAUAGUUAGUAAAAUAUCAAUCAAAAUGAAGUUGAAAGAUAUCUAAACCCAUGCUACUAGCACGUCUACAAAUCCAUAUAACGGUGGUGAGUCCAUGUUGGGGAAGAAAAAUGCAAAACGGAUAAUUUAUAGUUUUUGGCAGCAUCAGAACGCUUAUUUGUUCCCUAGGGAAGGAAUUGGGAACCUCUGCUUUAAGAUACAUGUCUUCACUAACCUAAAAUUAACAAGUUUUUCAGUGUUUUUUUUUAAAUGUGUUGUAAAGUCACACUCUCCAUCUAAGCCUUUUGUCACACAAGAUGCCCAAACUCACCUCAAUUUAUUAUAAUCUGUGUGACAACACACAGCGAUAAGGAAAAGUUACAUUUAUUUUGAUAGCUGUGAUUAAAGGUGAAGCAUUCAUCAUCAGAAUUUAGCUUUACACUUAAAAUAAACAUAAAGUAUACAGUACAGUGAGUUCUACCUAUGCUCAAAUAAUUUCAUGUUUCUUGGUAUUUAGUUUAACUCAUAAAAAAAGAUCACAUGCGGUGGAAAGUGUUGUACCUUCAGGUUUGGCGAUACUUGUGUAGAGUAAAGGUUGUUGCUCUUCUGUAAUUAAAAGACAAUCUGUCCUUUUUGCUGUUCCAGUGAUUGUGGGACGUGACUGUAUAUCACUCUGUUAUAUGCAUUGCUGUUUAAAACUUAUGAUAAAAACGUAUGUGAAUGACCUCUGCCUGCAGCAUUCAAACACUAUUUUUGUAGUAGUAUAAGAGAGAGUUACCUGCUCUUUAUAUGAACAUGGGAAAGUAUUUUGUACUUUGUUGUUCACCUCAUUGAGAUGUGAUGUAUAUUUUGUACAUGCAACCCUGCAUAUUUCUCAAUGUGGAACCGUGUAAUCCUUUCAAAAAAAGAAAGUUGUAUCUCAAGCUUAAACAUGAUACGCUAAAACAGUGUGGUUUUGAAACCAUGACUUAGAGGUAGGAGAUAACUUCAAAGUGUUUUUCAUUGAUACUGUAAUCCUGUCUAUAACCAUUUCUGUUAGCAGGAAUAUAGUAACGUAGUGCUUAUUCUGUGAAUAUUUGUAUGUAUUUUUACUAUGUAUGUACAGUACACUUUUGAAGCUCAUGUGGCAGGCAUGCAACACCUUCACAGACAGAAUAAUACUAUAUACUUAUACUGUAUACACUUAUACAUGCACAUACUCUUAUAAGGUAUAUAAACAAAUAAACAUUUUGCUGUGAGCAAUACCCAGUGGUAUGAAAA